ACUAGGUUUAUAGGGAGAACAAAAAGAGGAAACCAAAGCUCUGCAACACAACACAGACACAUAGAAGCAUCUUUUACAACUUCAGCAUCUGGCUGCAACAGGCUGAAAGAAAAACUCUCCUAAUAGAAACCACCAGGAUCUGAAACACUGCUCAGAUCUCAGUUUGACCCUCCGGUGCAGCCAGCUCGUUCCCGUUAGUGAGUGAAAAUGCUCUGGAGAUUGACUCUUGCCGUGGCUGUGGUGUGUGUCGGUGGCAUAUGCAACUGUGUGAAGGCUGACGUGGUGAGCAGACUGCUCACACAGAGGGACUACGGGGUAAAACUGUGCGGGAGAGAGUUCAUCAGAGCAGUCAUUUUCACCUGCGGAGGCUCCCGGUGGAAACGAUCCACAAACGAGGACAUAGAUCCCUUCCAGUGGAGUUCCCUCAGUGACGUGACAGUGGAGGACAACCAGCUCACCUGGCAACCUGGCACAGAGCUCUCGGCAGAUUACCCCUCUCGGCUCCACAUGGGCUCUUCUUACUCCCUGGCAGACCUCCUGGCUCUUUACGCGGCCAGAGGAGACAGGCAGCAGCCCUCGCUGAGUGACUUGGCCCCGCUGGAGAAGUCUCAGCCGUCCAGAGUUUUACGCAUGCAAGAAGGGAACCCAGCUGUAGAUGACUGGCCCAUACCGAGCAAGAAGAAGAGGAACUUUUCUCUGGGUGUGGCAGGGAAGUGCUGUAGCCAGGGCUGUACCAAGAAUGACAUUGGACGCUUGUGCUGAGGCAGGGAGGAGAGGGAGAAGGGACGGGUGGUGCCGGAGGGGCAUGAAGAUGGUGUAAUGGACAGUGUAGAUGUGAGAGGAGAGCAAGUUUACAUCUGCUUUUUAAAAGGCUAAUAUUUUAAUAUGAUAUAAUAUUUUUCUUUAUUCUCCUUUCUUGUUUGAUAUUUAGUUUAAAAAAGGUCCCGCUCUGUCUGUACUGUAUGUCACCCUUUCAGCAUCAUUGAAAAUAAAUUUUAAAUACUGUGUUAAUAUGAAAUGCUAAUCAUAUGUUGCCUUUGUUCAUAUGCUGGUUAUGGAGCAAUAAACAGCAUCCAUAUUCUCGCCUGCAAACUAUCUGAAUAAACUACGUUCAUACAUAGCACAGGCCAAUAUCACACAUUAAUGUCAUUUAGGCUGCUGUGAACUUAUUGCUGGCUUCUGUUCACAACAGAACGCCUGCCUGAUCAUUUUCUGUUCACACCCGGCGGACACGACUGCAAACCGCAGAUUUCUUUUUUUUCUUUUUACCCUUUCUGACGCAGAAGACAAAAGAAAACAAGAAGAACAAAAUAAAUACAUUUAACCCCUGGCACAAAAACCCACACUGUCAUUUUCUAAAUGUAGAAAUCACAUAGACAACUUUAUAUUGACUAGAAAUAACUUUAUGUGAAAAGCAAGCCAUAUGUACUACAAUACGUUUAGUUUAAUACAAUUAUAUACACACCUGGAAUAUACUACAUAUCCAGGUUUCAAUAUUUACAUCUAUCUACACAUAAAUGUAUUAAAUGUAGCUGCAUGUUUCCAUCAGAUGACUUCAUUUAGGCUUAACGUCAUUCACACUGCAACAAACUCAAAUUGAAAUAAAUGGCAAUAACCAGUUAAAUCUGGUUAAACAUCCAGUUUUCCUGAAAGUCUUUGGAUAAAAGUAUUAUACAUAUUUCACAAAAUAAUCAUAUUUGGUUUCACACACACACCAAUGUACAUAUAUCACAAUAAUGGUCGUAUGAGUACAACAU